UCUCUUUCUCUUUCUCUUUCUCUCUUACUCUAUGCUUCGAUACAAGAACUCCACCCUAUUGUGCAGAAACUAAAUCAUGGACAACAAGGCAUGGCUUUGGAGGAAAAAAUCUUCAGAAAAGACUAUUGUUGCUGACAAAGUUGACAUUACACUGAAAAGAAUUGAUGAAGAGGUACAAAAACUUCCAACAGAAAAAGCAGUAGGACCAGAGAGAUCUGUGAAAAAUCUUAAUGAGAAGUUAGCUUCAGUCCUCCUCGAUUGUCAUCCUCAAGAUGACCUUCUGAGAAAACAUGCAAAACUUGCCCAAGAAGCUGUUGCAGGCCGGGAAAAGUCAGAAGUGGAAACAGCUUUCCUGAAAAAAGAACUCAAUGAAGCUUUGAGGCAUGGACUUGCUACAGAAGAGAAAUUAGCUUGUUCAGAUACAGCAUUGAUGAAAUGUAAGCAGCAGUUAAACUUUGUUCAAGAAGAACAGGAGAAAAGGAUACAUGAUGCUGUCAUGAAGACAUCCAAUGAAUUUGAGAAGAUUCGAAAAGAAUUGGAACAUAACUUAGCAGAGGCUAAUAAAAGUCUUGCGAAGUUAGCUGCUGAGAAUAGUCAUUUAAGUAAGGCUCUCCUAGUCAAAGAGAAACAGAUUGAAGAUCUACACAAAAGCAAGUCUCAGGCAGAAGCAGAAUUUAAUACACUAAUGACUAGAUUAGAUGCCACAGAAAAAGAAAAUGCUUUUCUGAAGUAUGAGUUUCGCAUUCUUGAGAAAGAGCUUGAGAUUCGGAACGAUGAGAUGGAGUAUAACCGGCGAUCUGUUGAUGCAGCACAUAAGCAACACUUGGAGAGUGUGAAGAAAAUCGCAAAACUUGAAGGAGAAUGUCAGAGACUACGACUUUUGAUGCGAAAAAAGCUUCCAGGUCCUGCUGCUUUGGAAAAGGUGAAGGCUGAAUUCAAAACCGUGGGAAGGGAUCAGAUGGAGAUGAAAAGAAGAAAUUUGAAGCCUUCAAGAGAUUUGAUAGUUAGAGAAGCCAUAAUGGAGUUCUCUCCUGAAAAUUUCAGUAACAAUUCCCUUCUGAUUGAGCGAUUACGUGAUAUUGAAGAAGAAAACAAAACUCUGAAAGAAACUGUGACUAUGAAGAGCACUGAACUCCAGGCUUCAAGGAUGAUGUAUUCCCGUACAGCUUCCAGAUUAUCUCAUGUUGAGGCUCAUCUUAAAGAGCUAUGUAAAGUUCAGAAACCUAGGGAGCUGGCAAUUUGUGGCCCUGUAUCUAGUGAACUUUCCAUAAUGCCGGUUCACAAUGCAAGUGAUGAUGGGAUUAGCUCUUCUGGAUCAUGGGCUAAUGCUCUAAUUUCGGAAUUGGCACAUUUCAAAGCUGGAAAACUCAAGCAUCAACUGGAACACAAGCCUAUUGAUGUUUCGGACAUGAGCUUAAUGGACGACUUUGUAGAGAUGGAGAAAUUAGCUAUAGUUUCUCUGGAAACAGCCCCUGGUGGUGGCUGUCAGCCUGAUGUAACUGGUAAGGAAUUAGUUCCAGUGGUACAAAGUCAUUCCAACCCUACCGAGACAAAACCAGAGAUCCACUCAGAAGAUAUAGCCACUGAAAAAUCUUUUGACUGGCUCCAGGUUGUUUUGAAUACAAUUUUGAAGCAAAAACACAUUUCAAAACAAAGUCUAAAUGAACUUCUAGAGGAUAUCAGAAUUGCUUUGGGUUUUAUAAAGCACCCAACUGUCUCUGAAGCUGAAUCAGUUGCUAUCUCAAGGCAUACUGGAGAACUGAAAGCUCUUCAGAUUAGCGGUGAAAUAGCUUUGAAAUCUCCAAACUUAUCUCCAACCUCACAUUCCUUGGAUGCAGAUUCUGGAAUUGACACGUUAAUCAAAGAAAGAAGCAGCCAACACCUUGAGUCUAAUCUGAUCAAGUCAAUCCGUAAAAUCAUUGAACUUAUUGAAGGAUUCCCUAUAUCAUCUUCAGUUGGUUAUAAUGCUUCAGAUAGUUUUUCAGAGAGGGAUAGAAGUUCCUUAAAUUUAGUGACACCUGUGCACUACACUGUCCAUGUCUUUCAAUGGAGGAGUUCUGAACUAAGUGCUCUUUUGCAAAAGUUGGUUUGCACUUGUAAUGAUCUAUUGAAUGGAAAAUCUGAUCUUGAAAAAUUUGUUGGGGAGCUGUCAUUUGCUUUAGACUGGAUUAUAAACAAUUCUUUUGCCCCUAAAGAUGCUCCAACCACACGGAAUAAGAUGAAGCAUUUUGGUUGGAAUGAACCGGAAGGUGAAAAUGAAGUUGGAGCUGCAGUGGAUGGUUUGCUUUUGGAAUCAAACACAGUCCAUAAAUCUGAAGAGCAAUCUUCAUGUUUAGUCUCAGCUAGUCCUUUGCAUGACCAAAAUGUUUCAUUCCAGACAGAACGUAUUCAGGGCAAUAUUCAAGGGGAAAACAAGAGACUAAAAGAUGAGAUGAGGAAUAUAGAAGCUAGGCUGGAGUCAUUUACCAAUAAGAGCAAGGCCUUGAUGAUACAACUUCGUGAAUCAGAAGACAACAUUGGAGCACUAAAAGAAGAAGUGAAAAUUUUAAAAGAAUCGAAAGAGAUGAUCGAGGAUCAGAUUGAAAAUCAGAAGUCAAUCAAUGAAGAUCUUGAUACUCAGCUUACAGUUGCCAAAGCUAAAUUGAGUGAGGUCUUCCAGAAGUUCUCAUCUUUGGAAGUUGAACUGGAGUACAAAAACAAUUGUUGUGAAGAAUUAGAAGCAACAUGUCUUGAGCUUCAACUCCAGUUAGAGAGUGUUGCAAAGAAGGAAACACCAAAGUAUGGCACAAAUCAGGAGGGAAAGCGAUCUCAAAAUGGUUGGGAGAUUACAGCAGCUUCCGUGAAGUUGGCAGAGUGCCAAGAGACCAUUUUAAACCUGGGAAAACAGUUAAAGGCACUGGCUUCGCCACGGGAAGCAGUGCUUUUUGACAAUGUUUUUUCUAGUACCAAUUCUGCAACCACUACAGCUAUUAACAAGAAGUUGAACAAACGUUUCUCCUUACGCGAUCAAAUGAUAGCAGAAGAUGGUGCUAAGGCAGAAGUUGUCAAGUCUUUCCAUAAGAAAGGAACUUUAAGUAUUGAAGAUGUACCAAAACCAUCACUUCUUGACUCAAAGGAUUGCAAUUAUUUACAUGAUCCUAAUGCACUGGUCCACACUCCAGACACAUAUCGUGAUUCAAAGAAUAAAGCCAGUAAUACUGCAGCAAGCUCUCUAGCUAUUGUGCCAAGCAAAAAACGAGGAAUUGGUUUACUGAUGAAACUACUGUUGAGAAGGAAGAAAGGGAGCAGCAAGAAAUCUAAACCGUUAGCCAUGGUCUAAAUAGAAAAUAUAAAGAAGCCACGGUCCAUGGCAAAGUUGAAGGAGAACCACUGCUGCCAUAGCAGCAAUAGCACAUGUUCGAUGAAGAAAUAAAUCCAGUUGUCUUCAUGCUUCAGUUGUUGAUCAUUUGCUGUUUAAUUUUCCACCUUGGUGAUUGGAAAUGGUGAAAACUUGGCUUCUUUGGAUCUUUUACUGUGAGACUAGAGCGAGAGAAGGGAUAUUGUUUUAUAGCAUCUCUUAAGUGUUGCUAAUGUAAAUAUAUCUGGUUUUAUGCCCUGGAGAUCCAAAGUAAUUCUGUAUUGAAAGCUUGCGCGAGAGAGUGGUCAUCUGUUGUGGGGUUGGACCAUAAAGCUUUAUGAAUUGAGAAUUGAUUGAAA